UCAAUAUAUAGUACCCCUACACAUCCCCUGCGGGGGUCACCCACAUCAUCAUUAUCAUUUCACUCUCUCGUUUUGUCGGUGUGCCUGCUUGCCAUGUAUAGGAACGUAAGGAUCGUAGGGAAUGGAGAGCAAACUGUAGUGCUCUCACAUGGCUACGGUGGGAGCCAGUCGGUUUGGGACAAGGUGGUGCCGCACCUGUCUCAAAAGUAUCAAGUCUUGCUCUUCGACUGGAACUUUUCCGGUGCCACCGACGACUCCGGCAAGGCCUUGGAGCCGUCCAAUUACUCCUCCUUCACUGCCUUCACCGAUGGCCUCAUCUCUCUCAUCGAGCACAUGAACCUCGCCGGCGUCAUCUUUAUCGGCCACUCCAUGUCCGGCAUGAUCGGUUGCGUUGCUUCCGUUAAAAGGCCCGACCUCUUCACCCACCUUGUGCUCAUCGGAGCGUCACCCAGGUACUUAAAUUCAGAAGAUUAUGAAGGAGGAUUUGAGAGAAUGGAGGUGGAAAAGAUGUUUACCGAUAUCGAGUCUAAUUUCCAGUCAUGGGCUCAAAGCUUUGUCCCGCUUGCUAUUGGGGUAGAUGAUCCCAUCUCCAUUGAGAAAUUCAAGGGGAGCUUUCUGCAAAUGAGACCCGAUAUCGCACUUUCUGCUGCAAGGCUGAUCCUUUUGAGUGAUCUGAGGGAUGUUUUGGAGAAGGUUGAGGUGCGUUGCACCAUAAUCCAAGGUACCAAUGAUUUCCUUGUGCCGACCUCGGUCGCCCAUUAUAUGCAACACAAGAUGAAGGGUAAGGCAAUGGUAGAGACUAUAGGGUGCGAUGGGCAUUUUCCACAGCUCACUGCACAUCAGAUGCUCAUUGAAGUUCUUGACAGGGUCUUAGCAGCAAUGGAACUGCUGAAAGAUAGCAAGGUUUCCAAUGAGGAAUCUAGGGUAAAUUCUGGUGUCCUGGGAUGAUGAUGUGUGGAUAAAAUGUUAUGCUAGUAUAUUGUUGUGCUGUUUGAGAUUCGAGCAUGAUAAUAAUGUAAAAUUGAUGUCACUUUUAUCAAUUUAUUGUGCCAUUUGUCUAGUUGUAUGUUGGUCAGGACUGGCCUGAGGUGUAACAAUAGAACCGAAAUAGUUCAGGUUUGAAUUAUAUUGAUGGUACUCAUAAAAUACAAG